AGGAAAAGGCCGUGCGUAUGCAGCUACCGGAGGGCAUGGAACUGCACAAGAAACCCACCUUCACUCCCAAGCUCUUCAGUUCCCUGACCCAAGCGGAUAUGAAGCUCAAGGCAGGCGCUGCAGACGUGGAUGCCGAAACCGCUAAGGCCAAAAAAGAUGCCCUGUCUGAACGGACCAAAAGCAUCCACUCAGAGAGGGGUCGUCUUUGGCGCAUCGUGCAUUCGCCCUUCUUUGACCUUUUCUUUGCCAUGGCUAUCUUGGUGAACACGGUCUUUAUCGGUGUGGAGGUCCAGAUCUCCGUCGAUAGCAGCCAACAAGAAAGCCUUGUGAUUCAGGUGGUGCGGAAUGUCUUCACAGGCCUUUUCACCCUUGAACUUUUUCUAAGGAUGUGCGCUGCUGGACUUUGUGGCUUCUUUUGUUCGGAGGAGUGGCGCUGGAACAUGUUAGACCUCUUCAUCGUGCUGAGCUCCUGGUGGGAAACCGCAGUGGAGCUCCUCUAUGCGAGCAGUGAUGAGGGUGGUGGCGGCGUUGGCCUCACUGGCUUGCGCACCCUGCGCAUCGUGCGGAUCACCCGAUUGGUGAAACUUGCGCGGGUGGCGCGUAUCUUACGCUUCGUCAUGGCGCUUCGGACGUUGACUCAGUCCAUCAUCUAUACCCUGAAAUCCCUUAUUUGGGCCUUGGUGCUCAUGACGCUCAUUGUGUACGUCUUCGGCAUUCUGUUCGUACAGGCGGUGGACGAUCAUCGCAAAGAUCCUAUGUCUGCUAUGAGUCAAGAGGAGAAGGAUGCUGCUGACAAUUACUUCGGAAAUCUCUGGCUGUCUAUGUUGAGCCUUUUCAUGAGCAUCACUGGUGGGGUUAGCUGGGAGCAGCUACUGGUCCCGCUGCAUGCAGUCUCUCCUUUUUGGGUCUUCGUGUUCCUAUUUUAUGUCAGUUUCACGAUCUUUGCCGU